UUGAUGUAUUUGUUAGCACUCUCGUGGCUGUGAUGGGAUUUGGAAUGACCACACCAGCAACCGUGGCUGGAAAAGUAUUCCUCAUCGUUUAUGGCCUUUUUGGGUGUGCUGGGACUAUCCUUUUCUUCAACCUCUUCUUGGAGCGCAUUAUCUCUCUCCUGGCGUUUAUCAUGAAAGCGUGCCAUGAAAGACAACUGAGAAGAAGUGGUCUCCUACCUCCCAACUUCCGAAGGGGGCCAGCUAUGUCUGGGGUGGGCAGUCUUGUGGGCUGGAAGCCUUCCGUUUACCAUGUGAUGCUGAUCUUGGGAAUUUUUGCUAUUACCCUUUCCUGCUGCGCCUCUGCAAUGUACACAGCAGUGGAAGGAUGGAAUUAUGUUGACUCCUUGUACUACUGCUUUGUCACCUUCAGCACCAUCGGGUUUGGAGAUUUGGUAAGCAGCCAAAAUGCUGCGUACCAAAAUCAGGGAUUAUACAGAUUCGGAAACUUCAUAUUUAUAUUAAUGGGGGUAUGUUGCAUAUACUCUCUUUUUAAUGUCAUCUCAAUCGUAAUCAAGCAAGUUUUGAACUGGGUGUUGAAAAAAUUCGAAUGCAGAUGUUGCCCAAAGUGCCAUAAAUCAAGUGCCCGCCUUGGACGUCGCAACGCCAUCACCCCAGGAGCCCGCCUGCGCCGACACAACAUCUCAAUGGACGCUGAUGGACAGUACGACAGCGACACCGAGGGGAGGAGGCUCUCUGGAGAGAUGAUCUCCAUGAGAGAGCUCACAGCAUCCAAUAAGGUCUCCCUGGCCAUUUUGCAAAAGCAGUUGUCCGAGACGGCCAAUGGCUACCCGAGGAAUGUUUGUAUCAACACGAGACAAAACGGUUUCUCUGCAGGGGUGGGUGCUCUGGCCAUUAUGAACAACCGCUUGGCAGAAACGAGUGAUUCUAGGUAG